AUGAAGAAAAUUACAUCUUCAACCACAAUUGGAGCAAAGCGGAAGCAGAACAGCAACAACCAAGUUAAUGGGGACCGCGACAGACCAACUACAUCCAACUGUCAGAAUCGUUGCUUCGACUUAAAUCGAACCCCAGAUUUGCAACUAGGAUUUGAAAGUAAUUGUUGUAUUACAAAUGACAACAACAUGCAAAUAGACGUGGUAGUGCCGGAGACUGAACCCAUCGAGCAUUGUCGAAAUUUGAUAUCAGAUUUUCAGGAAGUUGUUGAACAAUUACAUGACAAUGUGCCCUCAAAAAAUGACUAUUAUUUUGAUUGUGGUGAUCCAGAGUAUGUUUGCGAGCAUUGUAAUGCAUUUUUUUGGUACAAUGAACGGUUAAGCAAUUCAAGGUCAUGUGACAGGCCUAAAUACUCCGCAUGUUGUGUGAAUGGUAAGAUAAAGUUGCCAUUCAUGACAAAGCCUCCUCAAAAGUUGUUUGAUCUAUUCUUUAUAUCAAGUGAUAAAAACAAAUGUUUUUUGAAGAAUAUAAGGUCCUAUAACAACAUGUUUUGCUUCACGUCAAUGGGUGGAAAAAUUGAUAGAACUAUUAACAACGGAACAUUGCCGCCUAUAUUCCGUAUAAAUGGUCAAAAUUUCCAUCGCAUUGGAAGUUUAUUGCCUUCACUUGGCACUCAACCUAAAUUUGCACAAUUAUACAUUCACGAUACAGAGAAUGAGAUAGAAAAUCGCUUCAACUCUUUCAGGGCGGAAACCAAUGGUUCUACAUUGCAUCUUGAUGUAGUUCAUGACAUUAAGCAAGACCUAGAUGAGCACAAUGUUUUGGUUAAGUCAUUCCAAAUGGCCAAGUCGUUUAUGGAAUCUAAUCCUAAAAGUGAAAUUAGAAUGAGAUUAAUAGGGAAGAGGUCUAAAGAUGCCAGAACGUAUGCGCUACCAACUACUUCCGAGGUUGCUGCUCUCAUUGUUGGAGAGUUAGACCCUUGCAUGGGUGAACGUGAUAUUGUGGUCGAGUCUAAAUUUGGAAUGCUUAAACGAAUAAGUGAAUUAAACCCAGCGUAUCUACCAUUGCAAUACCCAAUUUUAUUUCCAUAUGGAGAGGAUGGUUUUAGGGAAGAUAUACAUUUUGCAACACAUGGUACUAAACAAAAUUUUGCAAGAAAGAGUGUUUCACAAAGAGAGUACUUCGCGUUCCGUAUUCACGAAAGAUCAAAUGAGAUCUCAACUAUAAUGUACGCUAAAAGGUUAUUCCAACGAUUCUUGGUUGAUGCGUAUACUAUGGUUGAAUCUUCGAGGUUGCUAUAUAUUAGGUCAAAUCAAAAAGCUUUGAGGUGUGAGGCGUACAAAGGUCUCUCUGAUGCGUUGACCCGAGGUGAAGUUCAACCUAGCUCUCAAGGUAAAAGAAUAAUGUUACCUUCAAGUUUCACGAGAGGAGCAAGAUACAUGAUACAAAACUACCAAGACGCCAUGGCAAUUUGCAGAUUUAUAGGUUAUCCAAAUCUGUUUAUUACUUUUACAUGUAAUCCUAAAUGGCCGGAGAUUCAACGCUUUUUGGAGAAAAGAAAUUUGAAAGCUGAAGAUCGUCCGGACAUUGUUUGCCGAGUUUUCAAGAUGAAGCUAGACUGCUUAAUAAAAGAAAUAAAAAAUGGGAAACUGUUUGGUCCGAAACGGGGUCUUCCACAUGCUCACAUAUUACUGUUCCUACAAGGGACGAGCUGCUUUGCCAAUCUUGCUUUUAUGGACACGAUCAUUUCGGCCGAGAUCCCAGACAAGCUGAUGGACAUUGAGUAUUACAAAGCUGUCGAAGAAUUCAUGUUGCACGGCCCGUGUGGUGUUGCUAGGAAUAAUUCACCGUGCAUGGUAAAUGACAAGUGCUCGAAGCAUUUUCCAAAAAGAUAUAUUGAUGCAUCCCAUUUUGACCAGGAUGGUUACCCGUUGUACCGAAGAAUGGAUGAUAAGAGGACAAUAAAAAUAUGGAAUAGAGUUGGACAAUAG